CCGCCCCGGCUCAGCUCCCAUCGCCCGCGCAGCCCGCCGCCGCCGCGGGCAGACCCAGCACAGCGGCUCGGCUCGGUUCUGCUCGGGUGCGCGCUGCGGCCAUGCAGCGCCGGGGCGCCCUGUUCGGCGUGCCGGGCGGCAGCGGCAGCAGGAAGAUGGCUGCAGGAGACAUCGGCGAGCUGCUGGUGCCCCACAUGCCCACGAUCCGCGUGCCCAGAUCUGGGGACAGGGUCUACAAGAACGAAUGCGCCUUCUCCUACGACUCGCCGAAUUCUGAAGGUGGACUCUAUGUAUGCAUGAAUACAUUUUUGGCCUUUGGAAGGGAACACGUUGAACGUCAUUUUCGAAAAACUGGACAGAGUGUAUACAUGCACCUGAAAAGACAUGUGCGUGAGAAGGUAAAAGGGGCAUCUGGUGGAGCUUUACCAAAAAGGAGGAAUUCCAAGAUUUUUUUAGAUCUAGAUACUGAUGACGAUUUAAAUAGCGACGAUUAUGAAUAUGAAGAUGAAGCCAAACUUGUUAUAUUCCCAGACCACUAUGAAAUAGCACUACCAAAUAUUGAGGAGUUACCUGCCCUGGUAACAAUUGCAUGUGAUGCAGUUCUUAGCUCAAAAUCUCCAUACAGGAAGCAGGACCCAGACACAUGGGAAAAUGAACUGCCCGUAUCCAAGUAUGCCAGUAACCUCACCCAGCUGGACAAUGGGGUCAGGAUUCCUCCAAGUGGCUGGAAGUGUGCCAGGUGUGACCUGCGGGAAAACCUCUGGUUGAAUCUAACCGAUGGCUCCGUGCUGUGUGGGAAGUGGUUCUUUGACAGCUCCGGGGGCAACGGGCACGCACUGGAGCAUUACAGGGACACGGGCUACCCUCUCGCGGUGAAGCUGGGAACCAUCACUCCAGAUGGCGCAGAUGUUUAUUCUUUUCAAGAAGAGGAACCUGUCUUGGAUCCUCAUUUGGCCAAGCACUUAGCGCAUUUUGGAAUUGAUAUGCUUCAUAUGCAUGGGACAGAGAACGGGCUCCGGGACAAUGACAUCAAGCCGCGGGUCAGCGAGUGGGAAGUGAUCCAGGAGACAGGGACGAAGCUGAAGCCCAUGUAUGGCCCCGGGUACACAGGCCUCAAGAACCUGGGCAACAGCUGCUACCUCAGCUCCGUCAUGCAGGCCAUCUUCAGCAUCCCGGAGUUUCAGAGAGCGUAUGUAGGAAAUCUUCCAAGAAUAUUUGACUACUCUCCUUUAGAUCCAACACAAGAUUUCAACACACAGAUGACUAAGUUAGGACAUGGCCUUCUCUCGGGCCAGUAUUCAAAACCUCCAGUGAAAUCUGAGCUCAUUGAACAGGUGAUGAAAGAGGAACAUAAGCCUCAGCAGAAUGGGAUCUCUCCCCGCAUGUUUAAGGCCUUUGUAAGCAAGAGUCACCCGGAAUUCUCCUCUAACAGGCAGCAGGAUGCGCAGGAAUUCUUCUUGCACCUGGUCAACCUAGUAGAGAGGAACCGCAUUGGCUCAGAAAAUCCAAGUGAUGUUUUUCGGUUUUUGGUGGAAGAACGCAUUCAGUGCUGCCAGACCCGAAAAGUCCGCUACACAGAGCGGGUGGAUUACCUGAUGCAGUUACCGGUGGCCAUGGAGGCGGCGACCAACAAGGAUGAACUGAUCGCCUAUGAAUUAACGAGAAGGGAAGCGGAAGCAAACCGAAGACCCCUUCCUGAGUUGGUUCGUGCCAAGAUACCGUUUAGUGCCUGCCUUCAGGCCUUUUCUGAACCAGAAAACGUGGAUGAUUUCUGGAGCAGUGCCCUACAGGCAAAGUCUGCAGGUGUAAAAACAUCCCGCUUUGCCUCAUUUCCUGAGUACUUGGUAGUGCAGAUAAAGAAGUUCACUUUUGGCCUUGACUGGGUUCCCAAAAAAUUUGAUGUUUCCAUUGAUAUGCCAGACCUACUGGAUAUCAACCAUCUCCGAGCCAGGGGGUUACAGCCAGGAGAGGAGGAGCUUCCAGACAUCAGCCCCCCCAUAGUCAUUCCCGAUGACUCAAAAGAUCGCCUGAUGAACCAACUGAUAGACCCAUCAGACAUCGAUGAGUCAUCGGUGAUGCAACUGGCCGAGAUGGGUUUCCCUCUGGAAGCAUGUCGGAAGGCUGUGUACUUUACUGGAAAUAUGGGAGCCGAGGUGGCCUUCAACUGGAUCAUUGUUCACAUGGAAGAGCCAGAUUUUGCUGAACCAUUGACCAUGCCUGGUUAUGGAGGGGCAACUUCUGCUGGAGCCUCUAUUUUUGGUGCUACUGGGUUGGAUAACCAGCCUCCAGAGGAGAUUAUAGCUAUUAUUACCUCCAUGGGAUUCCAUCGAAAUCAGGCCAUUCAGGCACUGCGAGCCACGAAUAGUAACCUGGAAAGGGCCCUGGAUUGGAUCUUUAGCCACCCUGAGUUUGAGGAGGACAGUGACUUUGUGAUUGAGAUGGAGAACAACGCCAAUGCCAACAUUAUUUCCGAGGCCAAGCCUGAAGGACCUAGAGUCAAGGAUGGAUCUGGAAUGUACGAAUUAUUUGCAUUCAUCAGUCACAUGGGAACAUCUACAAUGAGUGGUCAUUACGUUUGCCAUAUCAAAAAGGAAGGAAGGUGGGUGAUCUACAAUGACCACAAAGUUUGUGCCUCAGAAAGACCCCCUAAAGACCUGGGCUACAUGUACUUUUACCGCAGGAUACCAAGCUAAACCUCAGACGUACCCAUCGGCGAGAAGCCAUACGCCUUUUUAAUUUGCCAAAAAAAGAUAAAAAAACGAAAGAAAAGGAGAAAAGGAAAAAAGGAGUUGGGACAGCCAGACAUGAAGGAGUACAUGGGGGUAUUUAUAGUUUAUUUAAAGAACAUCAUUUGACGCCUUCUGAAAUAAGACUGGGAAGAGAUUUCUAUUAGUGAUGAGACACUAUUGUAGAUAGUUUUUCUUUUUAUAAAUGUUCAAGGAGAGAAUGAUUAAAAGAGAAAAGUAUUCCUGUUGCUGGUGGGGGGUCGGCCACUGGCGCCUCAAAGGCAGGAAUGUGCCACCAGCCUGUUUUGCUUUGAGGGUCAGUGGUCUGGCCUUACCCACAGCAAAUGAAAAGCCCACUUUGAUUUCAUAUCUAAUGUCAGUAACUAGGCUGGGCUUUAUUUGGGACAUAAUUUUUUCAUUAAACACAGUAAUUUCUGACCUAUCCAUGUAUAAUAGAUUAGAGCAUCUGUAAGGAAAUAUUUUUAAUUUAAUCAUAUCCAAGUUCAGAGUACAAUCGUGCGAAUGUGUGUGAGAACGCAGUCGAGAGUGUUGAGACCUUUACGGUCAACGAGGAAAUCUGUGACGGGUUGGUUUUUAAAGUUUAAAACAGGUGGCAUUAAGCAUAGCUGGAACAAAGCAAGUAAAUUCUUUAAAGAAACUAUAACUCAGGAACAGUUUAACAGAUUAGUUCCCCACUUAACAUUUUUGGCAUAAAAAGGACGAAGGUGUGUCUCUAAGUGCUGUCAAGGAUUCACUUGGCUGUGUGACGUUUGGUGGUGUGAUGCCAGAUGCCGGCAGCACGUUAUUCUUGGCCAAAGGGAGAUGAAUUCUGUUUCUCAGCAGCCCUUCCCCCUAAGGCAUAAUGUGUAUUUUUAGCUGAUACUUCUUGCCAUAACACAUGACAACUCCUUGGAAUCAUGUUAAGUGCCCCACAUUUGUCUGUAAUUUUCUUGUCCCUUAGUUCUUUGCUUGUCUUCGUUUCUGCAUUUUUGGACGCCAUAGUCUCAUCUGUGUCCUUCCUUGGCUCAUGACCUCCUGACUUGCCUUCACUGUGUAUCUCCUGCUGCCAACAAUGUGAUCUUGGGCACUUUAAGGGUUUCAGAUGCAAAGAAACUUGGUAUGCCAUUAUGAAAGGCCAUCACUUCCAUUUGGUAUGUCAGCGUAUUAGUGGCAAGCUAUGAUUAGAUCAGAACUUCAAAAUGUGAUGAAAACAUGGAAUGAUUGUGCUCUGGAAUUUUUCUACUGCCCUGUACCAAAAUCCAGUCUCUCUGGGGUUUCUAUUUCAGAUAAUUCAAUCAAAUGAAAAAAGAGUUGUUGCUGUCCGCUUAACAUGCAUAUGAUUGGUAGAAAGGAUCUUUCUAGAAACUGUAGGGAAAUUAAAUAGAACCAGUUGAGUGAAAUACAGCACAGAUAGUGGAUUAUGACCCGGUGAGUUGUGAAUUAUCUGGUUAUGGUGGGGCCUGUCACACAGGAGAGCAGUUACGCCCUGUGAACACGGGGUGCGGAGCCCAAGGAUGUGGCCUGGAGACCUGGGCGCUGCUCCUGACUGGGCAGGUCCCUCAUCCUCCCUGUGCCUCACUUUCUUUGUCUGCACAAGGGUGUGCGGACACCUGCUCUUUUUUUUCCAACUGUGCUUCGAAGACAUGGUGACGUGUGAUAUGAUGAACCUUUGAAGGGCAGCAGGUGGUGUGCCUCGGUGGGCCCUAGUAGAGUGUGCUCCCGUCUUUCUCCCAUCUGAUGUUUUCUUCCAUUUGGGAACCAAUGAGAUUGGCGUACGGAGGGAGCUCAUGGUGCAGUAAUGCUCUACUGAACCCUGCCCACCGGUGUCACAUUUUAGUGCUGACUCGGAGACCCUAAAGCAGCCCCCCUGCUUUACGCGAGUCCUUGACUCCUGUAGCAACCCCCGUGCUAAGCAGCCUUACAGACUCUAGUCUCCUUAGAGCUGAGUGAGUGUCCUAGAGUAAUGACCCCAAACACACAUCACAAAUGACCGGUUUUCAGUGCCAUUACAGAGCAAAGGCCUUUUUGGGGGGAUAUAGGGGGUGAUUAGGGAUUUGGAUUGAACCAUGGACAAAGAUAGCAGGUGUAUUUUGAACAAAAUAAGAAUUUUAUAAUGAAACUUUGCAAAAUAAAUGGUAUAAAAUCAGUAUAGAAAAUUAUAGGCUAUACACUAUUUAAUUUAAUUAAGUAGAAAAAUUAAUUUAGCCCUUUUGAUGCCUAAACAUACUAUAAAAAAUGUGUAACAUGGCUGCCUUUUUUUCCUGCCUCUAAAAACAAAGGGCUAUUUCUACAAGGCAAAGUUUUGUAUAUGUGCUAUUCUUUAUUUCAGAUGGAGAAUUGGGGAAAAACUGGAGCAAAUAAUGAGUUUCUUUCUUGCUUAAAAAUGUAUUUGUAUGUAUUCCUUAAUAUAUACAAGGCAGGUUUCCCGGGAAUAAAUGUCUGGAACAUUCUGCUUAACUUUACACAUGUCUGUAGAUGAAAUUAUUUGUAACUGAAAACUGGACUAAUAAUGUGUGGAUUUUGCCAAUGGAUUGUCAGCCUGUUAGGAGUCCUCUGUGUGAGGCGUGGCGGUAUAAUUGUGAAAUUCUUACUGUGUGUGGGUGUCCAUGUGAAAGAGAGCCCCUUUUCCUGUAAAUAUCUUUUAUAUCCAUUUGUGUAAAAUCCCAAUGAAUGUGUCUUUGGAAAAUACAAUGUAUCAAAGUUUUUAUUUUGUCAGUUGACCUAAAUGCUCAUAUAACUAAUCAGAAAUCCAGUUUGAUUCAAAUUGGGAUAUUUUUUACUAAAGGGAAAAAAGGAUACAGAAAGGACUAUUGGAAGAAUCACGUUUUAAUGCCAUUUUGCAUCCACAUUGCUUCAAUAUUUUGACUUGGCUGUUGUCUCCCACGUACAAGAGAAUGUGCCUGUCGUUCCCUGUGCUCACUCUGGGCUGCAGGAGGUCUCAUGUGAGUAGGCGGGCCCUGGGGCUCCCGUCAGCAUCGAUCCCCGAGCCUCCCUUGCAGCUCACGGUGGGAGCACCUGGCUUUGGAGCCCGACUCCGCCUCAGCGUGGGAUGGGCCUGGGCUCUCUGGGCCUUUUUCUCAGCUGGACAGAUAAGCCCAGUCAGAAGCCCCUUCCUAUUCUAACAGUCGAUUCUAUUUGUAUCUUCCCAUGGUUACGACUGGGGUCAGUCAUGCGAGAUGUGAUGGAUCACUUAGGUGAGAUGUUAUGUUUUUGGUUUGUUUCAGCUUAUCCGUCCUGGCUUAGAGCCUGUCUCAUUUAAUGUCCCCACCCUGACCUCUGUUCCCGCUUUCUUUGGUAAUUUUCCCAUUUUUCCACCACUCUUGAAACUCUCCACUUUCCAGUCCAUGAGGUACUUUGUUACCAUCCCCCUUGAAAAUGAAAAAAUCCAUUUAAAAGACCUCCCACUCUGAAAAACCUCAGAACUACCUUCCGCUAAAUCUGUCACAUUUAUAGAAUAUUUUCUUACUCUAAUUCAGUUGUAGCUAUGAUCACCAAAUAAGUGUGAGAGAGUUGUCUGUCACAGAAAGAUGUCUUUUCAUCUUGCAGGAUCACGGUUGCUAAAUCAUCUGUGGGGAGGUGACAGGGGGUGAGGCAGGACCAGGGACAGGAUUAGAUAAAGUGUGGUUCUAUCCCUACCCUAGGGCAGAAGUCCUGGGUUACAGCACAAGGGUCUGUAUAAGGCUGUGUAAGCUGGUGGAGAAGAUCACCUGCACCAGGCCACAGAGAUUCCCUACUCCGCACAUCAUCCUGAGAGCUUACAUUAAGAGUCUCUAGACCUGUGCUAUUCAAUACAGGAGUCAGUAGCCACAUGUAGCUAAUUGAUGGCCUCUUGAAAUUCGGCUUUUGAAGCCUUGGUACCAAAAAAAAUUUUUAAAAAGGAAUGUAAAAUAUUUUAUCUAUUUUAUAGUGAUUACAUGCUGAAAUGACAAUAUUUUAAAUAUGGUAAAUAAGAUUAAAAUUUAAUUCCUUUUUAUGUUUUUUUAAUGCGGCUACCAAAAAAAUUAAAAUUAGACAUGUAACUCUCAUUGUCCUCCUGUUGGGCAGUGCUAAUCUAGACGUGGGUGGCGUGAGGUAGGCAGCAGGGUGCCUCAGGGGUGGGAGGUGAUUCUCCGAAGGCUCUAGAUAGACGGAAGCAACACAGAUAGUUUUGCUGGAGUUGGGAGCAUGUGAGGCACAGAAUACCUUCCAGAAAACAGAAGAUUUUUCUACUUAAAAAACGAUAUCUAUGAGACCCCAAUAAAAAGACAAAAGCAGAUGAGCCCCAAACCCUGCUCCUUCCGCUUUGCUUAGAAGCUGCUAACUUGGGACUUACUUAUCAAGCAACUUCCGGUGCCAAGGAUGUCAGCCACAGGAGGGUGCUGGACACAUUUGUUUCCCUUGAGGCAACAUUCUCUUGUGGUUUCCCCUCCCUGAGUGUUGUUCGGUCUGUUCAGAGCUGGGUGUGUUGAGAUAACUGUAAACCUUGCCGCUCCGGACGUGCCGCUCCUCUCAGCGUUGGCAGAGGCUGAGCUUGUCGCCUUGUCGCCUGUGCCCACCUGCCCAGCAGGUUUCGAUGUUGGCUCCUGAAAGUGUUUGUAUUUAUUUGAUUUUGCACUAGUCACAGUUGGUGUUUAAAAUAUCUCAAAUGUUUUGGGAGAGUAUUUACCUGGGAUGGGAAGAGAGAUGGAUGAUUUAUUGCUUCAAUUGUUUUAAAAUUAAAAGCUAUUCUCACAAUCUGAGGUCCCUUUAUGA